UUGGAACUCGGUAAAUAAUCCCAUGUGUACACUAAAUUCAACGCUGCUAAAGGGUAUUACUAUUACCAACCUUUCUAAAUAACAGUGAUCAGUGAAAAGAAAAUGGGCCUUACUAAUAACUAAUAUGCAGCGUAGGCCUAUGAUUUCUACAAUUGUGAUCAUUUAAAUUUAAUGAUUGUUACAUUUCCAGUUGAAUAGAAUGGCUGUGUAAGUUUCUUUCCAUCCCACUUUUAAUCGUAAUAUUAUUAUUAAUAAUUUAAAAAAAAAAAAUUAAUCAUCAAUUUCAAUGUUUAAAGUUUAAAAACAUGGAAUUUUUUGCUUGACAGUUAGUAGUGAGUAAGUAAAAUGAAAAUUAAACCUAGACGACCUAGUCCUACUCCACAAAUUAACAAAAUAUAAAAUAUUAAUCAGCUGAUUUUAGGAAGGAUGCCACAGCGUCUUUUUUGUGUUUAUUAUAGUUGCAGUGAAUUAGGGCUUAGGCGGCUUAGGACUUAGGGUUUAGGUUAGGUUGAGGGAUCGAUUUGAUAUAGGGUUCAGGUUAGGCAUCGGCAUAAUAUUAGGGUUAGGCAUAGGGAUCGAUUUAGGGUUCAGGUUGGGCAUGGCAUAUGGAUCGAUUUAGGGAUACAUUCGUGAAAUUCGAUAAAAAUGUGGCAUUCGUCCUUAAGAUUUACCUAUCAAUCAUAAAUAUCAUCAUUAAUCCAAUUUAAAAUUAAUUAGUCCCAGCCCUAUACUAAUUACUGUACUUUUAAAAUAUAGUAAGUUAAAAUAAAACGUUAAUAAGUAAAAGUUUAAAAUCAUGCAGGUUUGCCAACCCUUCCGGAUUUGUCAGAAUUAUACAGAUUUUUUAGACUACCCCUCAUUCCAACUUUCCGACAAACACCUUAAAAUUCAGAUUUUCUGAGCAUUAAAAUUUUUCACCCGUCAAAAAAAAACAACAGAUGCAACAGGAAGUGGGGCUUUUCGAUGAUGCCACUUCUUUUUUUUUUUUUACAAUUGUCUACAUAACAUGUCCAGUGAUCGGACGAAUAAGUUCUCGAGAUAUUUGUCUGUCUAUUUAUAUAUUUUACCAAGUCACAUGACCGCCAUAAUAAAGUUGCACAUGAUAUUUGGACGCCAGUCUUGUCAAGUGACCGCUUUUAGUCAAUCAGAAUUUACGGUACUUUAUUUCAACAUAUUCAAGAUAGUUUGGACAUUUACAUGAAAAAGAAAUAUGUUAAAUUCUACAAAAGAAAUACUAGAACCAUUGCUGUUUUAUACAAUGAACAAAGGGUUAAAAAAGUGACAAUGUUAAAUAAAGUGUGACCUGCCCGCUAGAUGAAUAUCUUCUGCACUAUUUGUCGGUCACCAGACGUGUAGACACUGCCUUGUUUUUAUCAAAGCGAAUCGUGAUCUCCAUAUCAUUCUUCAAUCAUCAAUUGAUCCAAUCGUAAUUCACCCUUUUACUAGGCUGAAAAAAAUAAUUCAGUUGUGUGUGUUUUUUUUUUUUUUUUUAAGUUUAUCAUAAUUAAAUGGAUAAAUCUAUUGAAAAUGGUGGGUACAAUGAUAUUAAUAAACAUAUUUUAACCAAAAAAAAAUGAAACCAUACAACUGCAGAGAAAGGCAGUGAAUCUACGACAUCCAUGUCUAAGUUAUUUGCUGAGGAAUCAGACGAUUUAGUUAUCAGAUCGGAAGUUUUAUUUAUCUCCUUUCUUAUUGAAGGAAAUAUUUCUCUGGCUAACUCCAAUUAUUUUAAUACCAGCGUCAAAGAAAUAUUUUCCAGACUUGCAGAUUGCUAGAAGAAUGUGAAGAAAAAUUACAAUGAAACAAGGGCAACCAUGAAAGUUGAUAACCUUCAGUUGUCCAAAGAGCUGUUGGACCAGUGCAAAAAGAUCACUAGGGAGAUGCUGGAAAAUUGAACUCUUAGCAGCCUGUGUACAUUUGUAAAUAAAAUGGAUAUUCUGUUCUGUAUAUAUCAGUAUAUAAACAUUUCUGUAGUCAUCUGUGGACUCUUCAAAGACAAUGGAGUAACUUUAUAUUUCAAUUCUUUAUUUACCAAAAAAGGCUUGUGCAUUAGUAUGUAAAUCUUAUAUUAACAAAUGCCCCAGGGCAUCCCCCGACCCCCACGCACCCACUACAUAUUUUUGUUCUUGACAGAUUGGCAGGUCUGAUCAUGUCAUUGUCAUAUACUUAUAGCGUGAUCUGAUAAUUCAGUAAAUUAGGUGCAAAUGAUUGAAAUAGCCUAGGGUGUGGCCUAAUUUAUAAUAUUAUAUUAUAUAGUUUAUAUAAGCCUAAUUUUAUUAAAAUAAAAUGGGCUGAAAGCUGCGUUGCAACUGCAAAUUGGUUAUUUGGUUUCUCAGCGAACUUUCUAUGACCACAAACUACUUGCUGCAAAAAAACAACAAAAGAAGGCCACCAUUUCAUUUUCAGUUUUAUAUAUAUUUUAGUGAUGCAGUAUAUUAUCUGCUGGCAAUAUGCAAAAACAAUCCCAUAUUAUUUUUAUCAAUGCACAGUAGAAACCAGUAGAAAGUGGAGUCAUCACAAAAAUUAUUAAUUCACUAUCAGCUUCCUUGCUUACAAAUUUUUUUUUAUUAGUUGUAAUCCAUCAUCAUCAUUCAGAUCAAGUGGCCAUUUGGGCAUAUGCACUUUGACCAUGGUAAAGAAUUGACACACUCUCCGCAACUGCAAUCAUUGUUUGUACAUACAGCAUUGGUGUAGUUUGGUGUUUUUAGUAAAUGAUUUAGACCUAAGUCUUGACGCCCUGGGCAGAGUCAGUGGAAGAGGUGAUGUGUUACUGACUCGUUAGUCAUUUGGAAGUUUGAAGAGGUGGCACAAAGGUUUUUUAUCUGGUUCAAUGUUGCUAAGGUGGGACUUAAAUUGUAUGUGUCCUGUAGGCAGGUGAAUGAUUAUGACCUGUUCAUGUAGGCAUAUGUGUGAAAAGACAUCUUCCUGUUGAGCCCAUUUCCCAUCCAUUUAACCACCUUUUUUUUGUUUUUUUGUUUGUUUUUUGUUAGCUUUGAUAAUCUUCUUCACAGUCUUGAGUGACGCUAGUUUGUUAGCUAUUUUAUUUCCUGAUAUUUUGUGGAGCCCAUUAUAAGGUUAUCUUGACUGUAUAGGUUUUGAUAAAGGUGUGUAUUUUCAGAAAUGGUGAUGUUAGGGUUGUUGUGAGAUGCUAAGCUGCCUCAAGUAUUGAAAUGCAGUUGGAGAAGAUAACAAUAUUUCUCUGAUGUCUGGGAUAAACUGUGAAGAAUGCAGAUAUGUGUUAACACUAUUUCAGUAGGAGUGCUUCUGCUUUUUAAUUACUGCAGAUCACACCAUAAGGGUUGCAGAGUUCGUCACAUGAUCGGUUGAAAGCUGACCCAUCUGUGAAUAUUUGGAUUAUAUCCUCUGGGUAGGAUACUAUGGUUUUUUUCUGCAGCUAUCAUUGUAUGUAAUGGGUCUUAACUUUUAUUUUUGUAUUAGGUCUAUUUUGUUAUAAGCCAUUUGUAAAAUUUUUUUGGGGGAUAGAUCUUUAGUUAUAAUUUAGCAAGUGUUUCCCGUCUGUAGGUGGUGUUUCAGAGGUCACAUCUAGUAUUUUGACUUCUUUUUAUUUCUAUGGUUUGGUCUCCAUUUGUCUAUUUUGAUUUUACUUGUUUAGCCUUCUGUAGCUGAGAACCAUCUUGAUAACUGAUGCCUCUUUUCAAAGAUUUAGUGGAUCAAUAUUAGUUUAUAUUUCAUAUGCUGCUGUUGGGGUAGAUCUGAAACCUCCCAAAAUGAUAUAGACUUCUUAGCUUUUUAAUUUUCAUAGAGAGUCCUGCACUGUCUUGCUGCAAAGAUACUGUAGGGCAGAACUGUAUUCCAUCACUGAUCACACAUAUCCUAAGUACAACUGGCUCAUUGUGGUUUUUCAGGGUGCCCUGAGGUACUGGCCAGUCUCUUAACAAGGUUUAGCCAUCUUGUUGAUUUUUAUUUCAAGUUUUUAACAUGCUUUUUUAAAUUGAGUUGCCUAUCUAACUAGUCACUUAGAUAUUUUGGGUUUACUUCUCUUUGAAGAGUUGUGCCUUGUAGGGGUAGUGCAGUGUUUAUUUGGCUACCUUUCAGGCUUAAGUGAAGAUCGUUUACACACUCUUGGUGUUGUUUACUUUCGGUUUCCACUUUUCACAGUACAUAGUGAGCCUGAAUAAGUCUUCAUUUAGACAUCUUGCUCUUAUACCUGGGUGUCGGCAAGUAUGCCACAUCACAAGGUCAUCUGCAUGGAGGGCCUACUCCACCUGUAGCUUGUCCUGUAAGUUAUUCAUAAACAUUAAGAAUAGGGAAACUCAUUGAGGAACCUUGUGUGAGCUGUUCUUCUAAGGCACAUUUUGAUGAGGUGGCAUUAUUUAUUUAUGUUUGGAUAGUAUCAGUAAAAGAGCAUUUUAACCAUUUGUAAAUCUUGCCAUGAAUCCCUGCAUUGUUGAACUUCCAGAGUAAGCCAUUUAAGACCCUUAAACACAGGUGGGAGAAUUGAACAUCAGUAUGCUGUUCAGCUCUGAAGCCAGCUUGGUGUUGUUUCUAGAGUACUAGUUGUUUCUAGCCACCAAUAGAGGCAAUUUUUUAAUAUUCUUUCUGUAAGUUUUCCAAUGCAUUAGGUCUAUAGCUUUUAGCAUCAUCUCCAGGCGUCCAUUUUUAAAGACUUUCUCUCUACUUACAUUUCCAUUUUGUGUGUGGAACAUGUCACAUUUCCAUCUUGUGUGUGGAGUCUUUUUUGCUUUGUUAACACACAUGAUAUUUUAACAUUAUCCCCGGGAAAGGCGUUGUCAUGCCAUGCCCAUAACUUUUUCCCCCAAGGGAUAAUUUAAAGAAGAAUGUAAUUUCAACAAAAACCACUCAUUCAAUGGAAUAUAAAAAACAGAACAUUAAAAAAAAAAUUAACUAAUUCCUUUUUUUAAACUAGAUAUUGUUCCUGUAAAUUAUCUUUUCUUGUCUUGUUCACUCCAUUAAAAUCAAACAACAAUCUUUGAACUACAAAAUCUGGCCAUUAUCAAUUGAUACAUUUAUAGACAAGUCAGAUUAUAUUAAAUUCAUAAUGUUUUUUUUUUAUGACCACUUCAUUUUCUACAUGUUGUUAAAUGUUAACUGAUAAUAACCCAUGCACACAAUGAAAAAAAAAUAUUAUGGAAUUGUUUCUAUAUAUUUCCAGCAAACAAUAUACUGCAACACUCAAUGAAAGCAAUGAAAAUGAAAUUGUUUUUUUUGCACAGUAGCAGUUGAGAAUCCAAGCAAUAAAUGUGCAGUUUGAACAUAGCUUAAUUGUCAGAGGGUUAAUAGUUGGAACUUUUGGAAAUGCUUAAUUCAUAAUACCCUUUUAAAAAGUGAUUUUAAUAUUUAAUUUUUUUACCUAAUGUCUUUUUUUUUACUAGUAAUGACAGACAAGCAGUUGAGAGUUGUAUAGAGAAAGGAGAUCUGUGCAAGCUGUUGCGUCUACCAGAAGUUCUAGAUGAUUUUUCAGAAGCCAGCAUUAUCAAGAGUAUAGAAUGGCUGCUUAAGUAAAAAAAUAUUUUUUAUUUACUGAAGUUGAAUGUUCUUUGAAAUAUUAGCUGCUUAGUUUUUUUUUAAUGCCUUUUCUUAUUAGCCUUUGGUAAGAAUAUACAUUCAUGCCUUUUGGCAUUCAAGCUAUUUAAGAUCUUAAGAAAAGAUAAGAUCUUUAUAGAUCCAUAUCAAUGGAAAUUAUUAUUUAUUACAUUUUACACAUUCAUUUUCAGCACACAAAUAAAUACACAUUUUAACCAAGACACCGUUUUACAAUUAUAAUAAUUUAAACACAAGACAUUUAAUCAUUUAAAAUAUUUCUCUAGCAUAGAAAAUAAGCCAUCAAUUAACCCCUUUAAUGACUUAAUUAGUGAUCAAUUAGAUUUAGUAACUACUGUGGGGGCACGCUGGUAUAUUCAUUCAGACUGGGAGAACAAAAGAAUUUUUAUAACUUUCGUUUCUAAUUUUAAGAGAAGAAUUUGCCCUGAUCGAGCUGAUCUUAGGUGUCUCUGAUAAAAUGGGUGGGAUAUAUCAUCCAAAAUUCUUUAGUUUUCCAACAGCAUGUUUCUUCAAAUUUUUCCAAGUAAAGGAUGUUAGAUUAGUCUAUUACUAGCUUUCUUGAUUAGUCUAUUUAAUUGGUGCUUGAUGUCAGACAAUGAAUUCCCACAUCUGCAAAUAAUGCUGAAGUUUAGUAGGAUUCCAAUUGUUGCACUCUAGAAAAAAACUAAUAACUUAUUUGUUUACGCCACAAUUGUAAGACUGUUUAAGAUAGAAAAGUCUUUGGUGACUUUUUUUUAUACUGAUUUUGGCUGUGUUUAUGCCAUGUCAGCUUAUUAUUAAUGGUGAUACCUAGGUACUUAUAUGACUCUACUUGCUCUAUACUGUGAUUAUUUAUUGUGAGAUAAAUUGACAACCAAAAUAAAUAAAAAAGCAUACAGAAAUGGAUACGGUUUAAAGGAUAGCAAUGUUAAUACUCAAGUAAAUAAUACCAAUGACAAAAGUGAAAUUUUUGCUCAUUGGUUAAACACAAGAUGAACCAAUCUAACAUAUAUAGAUUUUAAAAAAAGAAAAAGACAAUACCGGUAAUAUUGUUUUUGUUAAUUGACAUCACACAGAAUGCACCAUAAAAGACAUGGAAUGAAUGAUUUUUAAACUUGUAUGAAAUAAUGAGACAGUUGUGUCAGGACUCUUCAAUUGCAUUAAGGGGGACCACUGAAUUUAUUUGCUACAAGAAGGAUUGUGUUCACUUUUACUAAAUGUUUGGUUUAUGAAGUAACUAUAUAAAAAUUAUUUCGAGUUAAUUAUUGAAAUGAAAAAUAAAUUUAAUCAAUGCAGUCAAAUUUAUUGAAAAGGUCUUUCUGUUUGCAAAAAUACCAACAAAUUUAUCUUUGACUAUGUUGCUCCCACAGGUGUGUAGAUUAUUCACCAAUUUUUCCAUCUCACUCUACUUCUUUCCAGUUCUCACUGUAUCUAGGUCUCCUCACUAAGUGUAAUGAAGUCUUCUUUGCCUUGCCCUGAGUAUUCAUAAUAAUUGAUUUAGCUUAAGCUUUUAAUUUGGACAGUUUUCCAUUUCCAAUUUUUUUUCUUGUAUUUUCUACUCAUUGGAAUCCAUUUUUUAGAAUCUCUUCCUUAUGACUAAAUAGUCCAACUAUUUGAAUACGCAAAAGCUUUAAAACAUAGUACUCAAUAUCAUGAGCUGAUAUCCUUUAUAAAUUUUACAUACUGUUCAAAUGAUUACAAAAACUUGUUGAUAACCAUAUUGUUAUAAUUAUAAUGGUCAACAAGAUUUUUUUUAUCACAGGGUUGAUGAAAAACAUAUCGAAAAAGCCUCUAAAAAUGUUCAAUACAAUGAUAUCUCUAAAGGAGUUCCAUGGCUUGGAGAAGAUGUUGAUGCUCCAUUCACUGACAAAAAGUGCUAUGCAUUGUAUCUUUUAAAAAAAUUAAUUUGGAUUUGACAAUUAUUAUAAACUGAUAAGGUUUUAUGGUUUUGCCCUAUAUUAUAUAUAUUUAAGAUUAUACUUGCGUGUUUCUAUUUAAUAAUAAUUCUAUUUUUUGGUCAUUGUCUCCUAGCAUCAUUAAUAGAAAUAACUACUUUAUUUAUCAGACACAUUUUCUUAGCUAUUAUAUUCAGAAAUGUGAUGCUUGGUCAGAAAUUCAGUCCUCAAUUCUUACAAGAAGAAGCCAGAUCUAUGUCAUUUGAUUCUGUCCUUGUAAGUCAAAUUUUACAUACAAUAAUUAGAUAUUUUAAUAAGUUAACAUUUUGAAUUUAUUUUCAACACUUAAAUAAUUUUUAAAUUAAGAUAUACAACAAUUGAGUUUAUUUUAUUAGAUUUAAUUAUUAUUUAAUUACUUCAUCUGCAAACAAACACAGAGCCAGAUUGUUCAGUUUAGAAUGAAAAAGUACCAGAUAUUAAUAAGUUAAAAGAAUAGUGCUUUAUUUUCUUUGAUAAUUUGAGGCACAGAAUUGUUUUCAGAAAAAAUUUCCAUUAAAAUAAACAGAUUGGUAAUAUAUCAAUAAAAAAAAAUCAAUGGACAGCAUUGUUUUGAUAUUUUCAGAUCCUCAUUAAAUACCUUCAGUUUCUAUUGACAUGGCUACCCUCAGUGGAAGAGCAAAGUCAAUGUCUUCCUACAUUGGAACAGGUAAUUUGAGUCAUAGAUUAUUCAAAGGAAUUUACUCAUUCAUUUUCUUACCCAUCAAAAACAUUAGACAAAAGGAUUUAUCAGUGCACAAUGUUCACUGUCACUGACGUAGUUGUUGGGGAAAUGUGCAUUACACUAGAGCAUUCUCAUCUAAACAGUUAAAUGAGGAUACUCUGACCUCUCUCAGUAAUUAAUCUUUUUAUUUUUUGAGCCUGGAUGUUAUUAAGUUGAUGCUAAAAUUUUGGUAAGAAAAUACCUGUGAGCCAACAGUAAUUGUCAUUAAGAGUAAAAUAUUAUUUUUUCCCCCGUACUCUAAAAAUCUUUCUAUUUCUAUAUAUAAAUAAUUAAUGUUUGACCAUUUACCAUUAUUAAGUUGAUGCUAAAAUUUUGGUAAGAAAAAACCUGUGAACCAACAGUAAUUGUCAUUAAGAGUAAAAUAUUAUUUUUUCCCCCGUACUCUAAAAAUCUUUCUAUUUCUAUAUAUAAAUAAUUAAUGUUUGACCAUUUACCCCCCCCCCCCAAAAAAAAAUGCAUAAAUGUGCCAUAUUUUUUAUAAUCAAUAUUUAUUACUGGUAUUAUCUACAUAUCUUAAUAGUUUACUUAAUAUACUCAGUGUAGAGACCGACCAAAUUUUGGCAUCGGCUUUGGUUUUGGCGCUGAAAGUUGCCAUUUGAUAACUUUCGGCCUGGUUUCGGUUUUGGUCGAAAUCAGAAAAUCACUUUCGGUCGGUCUCUAGCUCAGUGUAUUAAAGACAUUUCAAUAAAGGUAAUGGUAUUCUUCUUCUGACAUCCCCAGAUCAUUGACUGGUUAGAUGCCCUUGUAGAUGGUCAUUUCCAGCAGCUAAAAUUGGCAGAGGAUGCCAAUAGCAUUUUAGAGUCUUUACAUCAGCAAGUUACAGUAAUGGUAAGAGAUGUACACGAUCAGUAUAAUUUUUAUCUCAAUAUAUUUACUUUUAAUGUAGGUAAAUUAAUAUAUUCUUUAAAAUUGUAUGGAUAUUUUUUUCACUUUUUAAAAUGUUUUAAUACAAGCAUCCAUCAUAAGUUAAAGUGGGACAAGUCUAUCUCUGGAAAUCUUUGCUUUCUUGGCAAAUUAUUAUAUUGACUGGAUAACUUGAGGUGUUAAUUUUGCUGUCCAUGUUACCUUACCAAGCAAUCUCUACCUUAUAUUUAUGAUAGGCUGUACUAUCAAACAAAGAAGUCAAUUUUGAUUACAAAACUGAAGAGUAAAUUCAAAUUAUUUCCUUUGUCAAUGUUCUCUAGCCUUACGAUUUUUACAAAUCUUUCAGGCUAAUUGGCAGCUGGAAUCAAAGACAUUACAAGGGACAUUAUCAGAAUUGAACCGCAGAUUUGAAGAACAACAAAAGAAUAUGAAAAUGGGAGAUUAUUGCAUAGAAGUAAUUUCUUUUUAAUAUCUGGACUUCCAAAUGUUACAAUUAAACUUAUUUAAUGUUAUGACUUGCUUGGUUUUUUUUGGGGUCAUGUUUUGAUGUAUGUUAGAUGAAAUUACUUGCUUAGUAAUUUUUCCAAUAAUAAUAAAGUUAGAGUUCAGCAUUACACGCACGCAAACUAUUUGCAAUAGGGAUUUGCCAGAUGGGCCGAGAUCUUUUUUGGUUUGACACAACUGUCUCUACCAGCUACUAAAAAUGGAAAAUGUUGUGUAAUCUUAAAUAAAAUUUUAUGAACAAAAACAACGAGGUGUUAAUGUUUUUAAAAUUAAAUUAUUUAUUUAGGUACCCUCCUCUCUCUCCAACAUAAAUUCUUAUAAUAUUGUCGCACUCCUUGCAAUAAGAUUUGGUGCAGGCAGUAAUCUUCAAUUUCUCUUCAUUUCUAUUGUACUUGACGGAGUGUAUUGCAUGAAAAUUUCAAAUUUCUCUGGAACAAAAUUUUACAAUUCAAUGCAAAAGCAAGGUUAAUUGUCAUCUUCAUCUACAGUUAAAUUGAAUCUGUACUGUAUACAAUAUAUACCAAUGAUAUUAAAAGCUCAAGCAACACCGUUCCAAUCUUAAAAUUUGAUGAUGAUACCACCAUUGUGGCUUAAUAUUUGAAGACGAAGGCCUAUACCGCAACUUAGUUACAACCUUUAUCAAUUGGUGCGAUGAAAAUUUUCUCCAGCUGAAUGUCUCAAAAACAAAGGAAAUGGUUGUUGAUUUCAGGAGGGGGAAACACCAGAUUACAGAACUCAACAUAAAAAAUCAAAGUGUAGAGAAAGUUGAGGCAUAUAAGUACUUACGUAUCACCAUUAAUAAUAAGCUAACAUGGCAUGAGCACGGUAAAAGGCUGUAUAAGAAAUUCAACCAAAGACUGUUGUACCUCAAAAAACUGUACAAUUUCAGCAUAAACAAACAAGUCGUUAACUUAUUCUGCAGAGCAACAAUUGGAAGCCUACUUAAUUUCAGUAUUACCUGCUGGUGUGGGAAUUCAACAUCUGAUAUUAAACACAGCGUAUACGGACUAAUCAAGAAAGCUAGGAACAUAACACAAACUAAACUUCCUUCACUUGAAGAACAAUUGAAGAAAGAUGUUAUUGUAUUGUAAAAUUAAACACAUUUUGGAUGAUACAUCCCACCCUCUUCAUCAUGGAUACUGAGGAUCACCCCGUUCUUGACAAAUUCUUUCCAUCAGGGUGAGGACUGAAAGAUAAAAAUUCUUUUGUUUCCCAAUCUGUACGAAUUUACCAGCAUGCUCCCCCUGAAGUCACAAAUCUUAAUAAGAACAAAUAAGUCCCUGAUUUGGCUAAGAGAACUCACGGAAUGGCUGCUAGUGAAAAAAUUUAUUACAGAUGUCUUGUGUUCAAAUUGUUUUUUAUAUGUGCUGAAAAUGUACAAUGCAACCAUUAAACAUUUCCAUUUGUUUGGAUCAAUAAAAGA